AUACGCCCUGCUUACAAGGAAGGUGGAACAUGCUUUGAGUUUCAAAUUGCACUCCAAGGCUAGGAGAGAAAAGCCAUGGAGGCCGACAUAGACCUGAAGAAGAAGAGGAAGGUUUUUGUCGAAUCAGUGUCCGAGGCCAUGAUAAAUGUCUUGUUGGAUAACUUAUUUCAUAAAAGAGUGCUGAACCUGGAGGAGAUGGAGAAAAUAAGAAAGGAAAAUGCCACAGUUAUGGAUAAGGCCCGAGCUUUGAUUGAUUCAGUCAGUCUGAAAGGGCCCCAGGCAAGCCAAGUGUGUAUCACUCUCAUUUGUGGAAAUGACUCCAACCUUGCAGAGAAGAUGGAGCUCCCAGUUCCUCCAGAAACGACUGGGCCACCUGCGUCAGCAGAAACUACAGAUACCCUCAAGCUUUGUACUCAUGAAGAUUUCCUGAAAGUGUGUAAAGAAAAAGCUGGAGAGAUCUAUCCAAUAAAAGAGAAAACGAGCCGCACUCGCCUGGCUCUCAUCAUAUGCAAUAGAGAGUUUGAUCAUCUUCAGCCCAGGAAGGGAGCUGAACUUGACAGCUCAGGGAUGGAAGAGUUGCUUGUGGGCCUCGGCUACAGUGUGACUGUGGAAGAGAACCUCACAGCCAAGGAGAUGGAGUCAGUGCUGGUGACAUUCGCUUCCCACAAAGACCACAGCACCUCAGAUAGCACAUUCCUGGUGUUCAUGUCUCAUGGCCUCCUGGAUAGACUCUGUGGGACUGGGCAUAGCGACGAACACCCAGACGUGCUGCCUUAUGACACCAUCUUUCGGAUAUUCAACAAUCGUAACUGCCCCAGUCUCAAGGACAAGCCGAAGGUCAUCAUUGUCCAGGCCUGCAGAGGUGAAAACCGCGGGGAAACCUGGGUCAGUGACUCUCCAGCAGCCGUGAUGGACAGCUCUUCACAGUCAGCUGAGAGCCUGGAGGACGAUGCUGUUUACAAAGCUCAUGUGGAGAAGGACUUCAUUGCUUUCUGCUCCUCAACCCCACAUAACAUGUCCUGGAGAGACCCUAGUACAGGUUCUCGCUUCAUCUCACAGUUAAUCAGAUGCUUCCAACAGUAUUCUUGCUGCCUUCACCUCGAGGAAGUAUUUAGGAAGGUACAACUAUCAUUCGAAAAGCCAGAUGUUAGAGCCCAGAUGCCCACCAUUGAACGACUAUCCAUGUCAAGAUAUUUCUAUCUUUUUCCUGGCAAAUGAAAAUAAUGAUUGCAUAUUUCCAAACUUUAUUCUUUAACAAGCUCUUGGAUAUUGUCUAAAAUGAUGUGGUAUUUGGUUCAAUAUGGGAUGACCUUACUGUAUUUGUAUAGAAAUACAAAUAUUAUCUGAUAAAAUAUGGAAAGAGAAUGGGGAGUGUCAACAAUGGGACAGAGAAUAUAAAAAUUUCUGGAAAGGUGAACAUUGGUAGAGGAAUUUUCCCACCAUGGCUAUCAGAGCUACUAAGUAAGUACAACUUCUGUUAUAUAC